GGACGCCAUUUUGCUAGUAACUCCGAAUACUUAACAUUUUUCUCAUAUUUUUCAUGUUUUUUCAUUAACACCCGAACGCAAAUAAUCAGAAUAUCAUUAUUUUGUGUGUGUGAUAGCAGAAAAUAACCACGAAACGCCAACAUUCGGUAGUUGUGAAUGUUCGGGUCUGACUUUUCAACAUAAAAGUAAAGGGGGCGUGACCAGUGGGCGUGGCUACAGACAGAGGAGGGAGUGGCAUCCAGUUGAACAGGUUAGGGCGGUUGAGUGAGGGAAGAAAAGAGAAACAUUUGGGAAAGCUUGUCUUGUUUUCCACUCAGAAGAGGAGAAGUUUGCUCUUUAAAGUGCACAGAGGUUUGUUUUCUCCCAUUGGACUUUCGCUAAGUCCCUCCCCCUCGUGACGUGUCGCCAUGACAUCCAACAUCAGAGUGUCCUUGGACAACCCCUACGGUCAGGUGACCAUCCCUCGAGCCAAACUGCACAACUCCGGCGACAACUCCUUGGUGAUAACCAAUCCAGCUGCGCUCAACGGCAACAACGCCAACCCCUACGCCGGCUCAGGCUCCGCCCCGCCGCCAUACCUGGUGAAGGUGGUGGAGGAGGAGGAGGAGGAGGGCGGGCGCUGCGCGCGCUGCUACCGCUGCAGGAGGCGGAAGUGAUGUCACAGUCGCAGGCUGACUGGCUCCCGCUUCAAGAAGGAAGUCGACUGAAGCGGAACAGGGAAGGCGGCCAUGUUGUUUGUGGAACCCGUCAGCCUGGAACGAGCAAGGAACCUCAGGUUGGACUUUUGGUGGAACCUGGAAAAUGACCAAGGACUGAAGAUGACGUUUCCAAAAAAAAACACGAUUCAGACGAGCUGAGCCAAGUUUCUCCAAUUAACUUUAAAAAAUCUUCUCAAUCUUAGUUUCAUCCUUUUGAAAUAUUUAUUUUGUCCUCUGAAAAGAAAAUGUUGGAACGUUCAAAUGUUUGACAACUUUGUUUUUGUCUGCGACUGAAGCUGGAAGUGAACGUCAACAUGCUGUGUAUUUCUUUCAAUAACUACUGUCGUCACGGCAACAACUAACGCGCCUUAUCCACUCUUACUCCCUUUUUUUUAAUGCCAAUGAUUGAAAAUCAAUAUUGUUUUUGAUGACAUUGUAUAUUGUUUAUUUCUCCGACAGUGAAGGAACGGACAUUUAUAAAUAAAGAUGGCUGUUAAACACC